AUGAAAAAUUACACAAUAACAACCUUCAUACUUCUGGGACUAACAGAUGACCCUAAACUGCAAGUUCCAAUUUUUAUCUUUCUAUUUCUCACCUACAUGAUGAGUGUAACUGGGAACCUGACCAUCAUCACACUCACUUUUGUGGAUCCUCACCUUAAAACACCCAUGUACUAUUUUUUACAAAAUUUUUCCUUAUUAGAAAUCUCCUUCACGACAGCCUGUAUUCCCAGAUACUUGUAUAGCAUAGCAACAGGUGACAGGGUGAUUACCUACAAUUCUUGUAUCACUGAAAUGGUUCUUACUGACCUCUUUGCUGUUACAGAAUUUUAUCUGCUUGCUGCCAUGUCCUAUGACCGUUAUGUGGCCAUCUGCAAACCCCUGCAUUAUGUGAAUAUCAUGAGUCGCAAAGUUUGUAGGAGAUUAGUAUUCUGCUGUUGGUUGUCUGGGUUGUUGGUCAUAAUUUCCCCACUUAUUUUUGUAUUAAAUCUUAAAUUCUGUGACUCAAAUGUCAUUGAUCAUUUUCUAUGUGAUGCUUCUCCCUUUCUAAAGAUAUCAUGUUCAGACACAUGGUUCAUAGAAACAACUGUUUUGAUUUGUGCAGUGGUGACCCUCUUAGUGACCCUUCUGUGUGUAGUUCUGUCCUAUACUUAUAUUAUCAAGACAAUAUUAAGAUUUCCAUCUGCCCAGCAAAGAAAAAAGGCCUUUUCCACCUGUUCUUCCCAUAUGAUUGUGGUUUCCAUCACCUAUGGAAGUUGUAUCUUCAUUUAUAUGAAUCCUGCAGCAAAGGACAAUGUGACCAUAAAUAAGGUAGUUUCAUUACUUAUUUCUUCUAUUUCACCUAUGCUAAAUCCAUUUAUAUAUACACUGAGAAAUCAGCAAGUGAAGAAAGCCUUCAAUGACUCAAUAAAAAAAGUUGUAGCAUUAAUAAAGAAGUAA